AUGCACCCUUCAAAGAAAAAAAAAAAAAAAGUCCUCUCUAGCAAUGCACAUCAAACUCUGCAUGUGCAGAGUGACUCCACAUUAUAUGUCUUAUCAGGAGAUAAGAGGGGGCACUGGAAGAAGGGGAGGAUCAGAGAAAUCAGGAUCAAACAGUGUUUUUACACAAUGCAGAAGAUUAACGGAUUAAGGAUUAAUAAUUUUUAUUCCAAAAUAUGGUGCAGUCAGGGGUGGACUGACAACUCAUGGGGCCCCCGGGCAAUAGGGGAUCAUGGGGCCCCUGUGUCCUUGCCCAAACUCAAAAAAGCCUAU